AUGGGGGUGAUGAGGUCUAUAGUUCCAACGUUCUAUGGUUUUAGAAGGAACUUUACCUGCCUUCAAAUCCUCUCUGCAGAACUUGAUCGGGUGAAGUUUGCUGCUACACGGUUGCAUGAAGCGGCGGAUUGCGCGAUCAUGACUCAUGGAAACUCUAAUCAUCAGCAAGUUUCUGGAUGUAGGGGUGAUGAGGUCGGAUCCUAA